UUAUGCCAACAGAUCGUAGUGGGAGGCCAGUGUACUCGGUCGUUGGACCCAACGGAAGGCCCCUUCCCACAAAUGCUGAUGGUGUUGUCGUUGGUCCGGAAGGCGAACCGCUCCCUACAAACGCAGCAGGUGUUCCAGUCAAUAAUAAAGGAGAAAUACUUCCAACAGAUCAGAAUGGACAUGUGAUUUAUCCUUUAGGUGGGCUGGAUGCUGAACCUCUUCCAACCGAUAAGUAUGGCAAAGAAAUUCAUCCUGUGAUAGGACCUGAUGGUUUCGCACUUCCAACUGAUUCGUAUGGUGUGCAAAUAUCCCCUGAUGGUGAGCCUAUUGCCACGGAUGGCGAAGGUUGGCCUGUCGAUCGUGAAGGCGAACCUAUGCCUACGGAUGUUUUUGGCAAUGUCAUGUAUCCUGCGGAGCUUCCUGAUGGCUCACCUCUACCGACAGACAGAAGAGGCAAGCCAGUUUAUCCUGUCGUCGGCCCUGAUGGACAACUUCGGCCGACCGAUGAAAGUGGUAGCGUUCUUGGGGAGGACGGUAAACCUAUUCCAACUAACGCUGCUGGUAAACCAAUUGGUGGUGACUCUUCACCACUGCCUACCGAUGAGUUUGGUAGAGUUGUACAGCUCCCCACUGAAGAACAAACUACGGCUUUUGCAACAGAUGAAUAUGGUCAUAUCAUUCACCCGGUUGUUGAUGCAGAUGGACUACCAUUACCGAAAGAUGAAACGGGUGCAUAUAUAUCAAAACAUGGGAAGCCGGUCGCGAUUAACGAACAGAACCUCCCGAUCGGGCCUGACGGCAAUGUUUUGCCAACAGACUCGCUUGGCAACUUUAUAUAUCCUGACACCGAUGCAGCAGGCAAGCCACUGCCAACUGAUUCGUUUGGACGAUCAAUUUAUACUGUUAUAGGAUCGGACGGUGUGCCAUUCUCAACAAGAAGCGAUGGGAUGAUUUUGGAUUCCGAGGGGCACGUGAUUCCAACUAGCGAAUCCGGUAAACCACUUGGUCCAGAUUCUUCGCCCCUGCCAACCGACGCUGAAGGUCGUAUCGUUUUCCCUGAAAAAUCUGUUCCUACGAUGAAACCGACAGAUACUGUUGGUCGGGUUCUUUCCCCGAUUGUUGACCAGUCUGGCGGAGUAUUACCCACUGAUAGCAUUGGUCGAUUCGUAGGACAUGAUGGCCUUCCAGUUGCAAUCAACGCCGAUGGUCAGCCAGUCAGUGAUGAUGGAGAGCCCUUACCCACAGAUGAUAACGGAAAUUAUGUUCUUCCUACAAAAUCCGAUAGAACCUAUAUUCUACCUACGGUCGUGAUCCCUACAUUUGCACCAACUGCUAGAAUUGUUGGUCCUGAUGGAGAAUUGAUGUCAACCGACGACAGUGGCAAAUUUUUGUUAAGUGAUGGUCAGAAAGUCAAAACAGAUGAUAGCGGAAGACCGCUGGGUCCAGAUGGUAGUGUUCUACCUACCGAUGAAUAUGGAGAUUAUAUUUACCCGAUAUCAGGUCCCAAUGGUGAACCUCUGCCAACUGAUAAAAAUCAUCGUCCGAUUUAUAAUGUCUUCGGAAAAGACGGGAUUCAACUGCCCACAGAUGAGAAUGGCAUGGCAUUAGAUACCAAUGGCCAGCCAUUACCUACAAAUCGCGCUGGUAGACCUCUUAGUGCCGCGGGUUCUGUUCUGCCAACUGAUUCAUUUGGGCAUGUUAUCUUUUCUCCGUUGAAAGAUUCAUGUGAGACCAAACUUGGCGUGAUGGAUAUCGUGAUUGCAAUAAACACAGAAUCCGUCGAUUCCCAAGGUUUUAAUCACAUCAAGACGGUUAUUAGAAACCUCAUCGAUGAGCAUUUCGAUGUCGCACCGGAUAUGACACAAUUCGCAGUUGUCAAAUACAGUGGAACUGCAGAAGUUCCGAUUACAUUGGGCGGGUAUAAUGAAAAGAUUGAGCUGUUCAGCGUGUUGGAAAUGAUGGAAAGAAACACGUCACAUGACAUUUCGAAAUUAAACGUUGGAGUUAAUGCGGCUCAGCAGCAGUUUGUCACUUUCGGUCGAGCUCCAGCUGGGAAGCUCCUCAUCAUAAUUACGGAUGGGCAAGAUAUAUACGGAAACGAUGCAAUCAGACCUUUGCAAAUGGCUAACAUUCCUUUGCUGGUAAUAGGAAAGACAGAGUAUGAGGAAGAAAUAAGGGACAAUGCAGACCUUUUCAUCGUGGUAGAAGAGUGGUCUCAGCUCAUCGCUUCACAAAUCGCUGAAAAGAUCGAAGACGAAUGCAUUUCAGGGAAAAUUCCCGUACCUAUGUCAACGAUUUCAGAAAAAAUAACACCAACACCAAAACUGCAAACUAUGGUGGUAUUAGGACCGGAUGGGCAGCCUUUACCAACAGACGAGUAUGGAUCAGUGAUUGGUGUCAAUGGUAAACCUCUGCCAACCGAUGUGUCGGGUAAACCAAUAGGUCCAGAUGGUUCUCCAUUGCCAACAAACGAGCAGGGAGGCAUCAUGCUGAUUUCCGCAACGACAUCAGCACCUCUAGCAACUGACGAAUAUGGCCACAUCAUCUACCCAAUCAAAGAUAUGGAUGGCCGAAUAUUACCAACGGAUAAGUCUGGAACGAGUGUAAAUCGACUUGGCGAAAAAGUAGAAUUUGACGAAAUUGGUAAACCGAUCGGGCCAGAUCGGAAACCAUUACCUACAGACAGAACUGGAUCAUACAUCUAUCCCGCAAUUGAUAACAACGGCGUUCCAUUGCCCACAGAUGAAAAUGGGCGGCCUUUGUAUCGACUGGUCGAUGAAGAUGGUCAGCCGCUAACUACAGAUGAAGCCGGGCUAGUUAUUGGUCCAGAAGGAAAUCCGAUACCAACUAAUGCCGCAGGUAGACCGAUAAGUCCUAAUGGGUCACCAUAUCCUUUUGACGACGAUGGAAAUAUUGUUGUCGUUGAUGGUGAACCACCCAGUGAAAUUCAAUACCCAACAGAUUCAAGUGGCCAUAUUCUGUACCCAAUAGUCUGGCCAGAUGGUUCUCCGUUGUCAACCGACGCAUCUGGAUCGUAUGUUGAUCCCAUCGGCCGUCGUAUAGAACUCGGCGAUGACGGUAAGCCAGUCGACCCAUUCGGAAAUCCUCUCCCAACUAGGGAAGAUGGUACUUUCGUUUUUCCUCAGAUAGAUAACGACGGAAACCCGCUUCCUACUGAUGCAAACAAGCGUCCAAUAUAUCCAGUAGAACUACCUGAUGGGAGGCCGCUUGCAACUAAUGCAGAUGGUUUACCGCUUGGUCGAGACGGUCAAGUUCUGCCCACUGAUUUCGCAGGAAGACCAUUGUCAGCUGAUGGACAACUUUUACCUAUGAAGGAGGGUGGUGUUGCCGUUUACUCUCCAAGAGAAAGCGUAACUGUAGCUUAUCCAGUCGUAAGCGAAGAUGGCCAAGUUCUUGCAACUGAUGAAUCCGGUGUAGUCGUUGACGAACGAGGCAUCCCUCUCCCGAUUUCUGCUGAUUCAGAUGGGCAACCCGUUGGUCCAGAUGGUUCAGUCCUUCCAACAGAUGCUGACGGACGAUAUGUUUAUUCACCAACAUACUACAGCGGUGGUCCAACUUCGUAUGUAACGGAGCCUUCUGCUACAAAGGCCUCCUCUGAACAGGAUGUAACGUUGAAGAGAAUGAAGUGUGAGAAAAUUGAUGAUGAUGCUCAUGUCAUCUUUAUUAUCGAAUCUUCCGAUGCAAUUAGCAGACAUUACGAGGAAAUGAAGAAGCACGUCAUUGACUUCAUUAAAAACAACAUGAAUCUCGAUAAAUCCAAAGUUGGCAUAAUCGCGUUUGGAAGCAGUGUGGAUAUCUCCGUUGAUAUUGGUAACUACAAGAAUCUCGACGAAAUAGUCGAUACGAUUAAGGAGAUCCCGUUGAUAGGAGGGAUAUCAAGUGGAGACGAGCAUGCAUUGAGAACUGCUUCACAACUUUUCCGAGAGGUGCAUCGUGAUGGCAUAGGUGAAGUCAUUCUUCAUAUGCACAGGUCUCAAAACAGUCGCGAAGCGAAAUCAUUCAUUAGACACUUGAGAGCAAAGGAGGCGGUGGCGUUUUUCGAUCUCGGCAAAGGAUAUUGGAAUCGCCUCCGCAAAGGAGAAGACGCUUCCAAGGACCUCAGAAAUCAAAUAUGCGCAUAUCUGGCUCAUCAUAAAACCGAUAAAACGCGUAAGCUUGAAAUUACGUCCAAUAGAAAAACUACAUCACCUACAAGAACCAUCGAUUCUAAAUUGCAAGGCAGCACGUAUUUACAAGUACGUGAUCAUCGUGACCAUGUUCAACAAAUCGUAGCACCCAGAGAUAUCAUGGAAACAUUACCUCCACCAAUAUUCAUUGGUGUCACACAAACUGGAAACUACAGUACAACAACAACGACGACACCAGAAACUGACGAUCGAAGCCGCCACGUCAUCAGUCCAAAUGGAGAACUAUUGCCAACCAGCGAAUCCGGUAAACCAUUGGAUGCCAUGGGGCGUCCACUACCGGAGGAUCGCCACGGAAGACCGUUGUCUCCGGAUGGCAGUGUUCUGCCAACAGACGACGAUGGAAAUUAUAUUUACCCUGCCGUUGGUCGCGAUGGACAACCGCUUCCGACUGAUUCAAACAAGAAACCGGUUUAUCCUGUUGUCGACGCCGACGGCCGACCACUUCCAACUGAUGAAACAGGAGCAGUUAUUGGACCAGACGGUGAACCUAUUCCAACAGAUGAUGCUGGUCGGCCUGUCGCUUCUGAUGGAUCGAUUCUGCCAACAGAUGCUUAUGGCCGAGUUGUUUCUAUUGAUGUUACAGACGAAACUGUGAAAACAUUACCAACUGACGAAGCUGGUCGUGUCAUUAGACCCAUUGUUGGACCCGAUGGUGAGCCGUUACCAACCGAUCAUUCAGGUAAACCUCUGGGUGCAUUUGGAAGACCAGUUCCAAAAGACAGAUACGGAAGACCGAUUGGACCAGAUAGAAGGGUUCUGCCAACAGAUGAUCAUGGAAAUUACAUUUACCCAGCUGUUGGACCUGAUGGUCGUCCACUGCCUACUGACAGUCAUAAGAAACCAGUUUAUCCGAUAGUUGGGCCAGAUGGACAGCUUUUACCGACGGAUGAAUCAGGAGCUUUUGUCGGGCCGGAUGGCGAACCGGUAACAACAGAUUCUGCUGGACGUCCGAUUGCUGCGGAUGGCUCCCCUCUACCUACAGAUUCAUCGGGAAGAGUUGUUCUCCCUACCAGUGCAAGAACCCUGCCAACUGAUGAAACUGGUCGUCUCAUUCACCCAGUUGUUGGACCAGAUGGAGAACAACUGCCGACUGAUAGUUCAGGAGCCACUAUUGACGCACUUGGAAGACCUGUGCUACGAGAUAGCUAUGGAAGGCCGUUGGGUCCUGACAGAAAUGUUCUGCCAACAGAUGACAGCGGAAACUACAUUUACCCAGCGUUAAGUUCUGAUGGUCAUCCCCUUCCAACUGAUGUUAACAAGAGACCAGUCUAUCCGGUGGUCGAUGCAGACGGUCGACCAUUGCCUACAGAUGAGACGGGAGCAGUGAUUGGAUCAAACGGCAAACCAAUACCAACUGACACUUCCGGACGGCCGAUAGGUGGUGAUGGAUCACCUCUUCCUACUGAUUCUCAAGGCAAUAUCAUAUAUGCCGAAAGCAUUGAAACAACAAAAGCAUUACCAACCGACGAAACUGGACGCAUUAUUCGUCCGAUUCUUGGAUCAGAUGGUGAGCCACUACCUACCGAUAGAUCAGGAGCACAUAUAGAUAAUUUUGGAAGACCAGUGCCUAAGGAUGAGUUCGAUAGGCCGCUCAGUCCGGAUGGAAGCAUUCUACCUACGGACAACGAUGGAAAUUACUUGUAUCCCGCACUGGGCCCUGAUGGUCAACCCUUACCCACCGACAUCAAUAAGAGACCAGUUUAUCCAGUCGUCGAUCCGGACGGCCGACCUUUGCCAACGGAUGAAACUGGAGCGGUGGUUGGACAAAACGGCGAACCGAUACCGACUGACGUAUCAGGACAUCCAGUGGGUGCUGAUGGCUCGCCACUCCCCACAGACCCUGCAGGUAACAUAAUAUACGCUGACACCACAGAAGCAGUAAAGACAUUACCGACUGACGAGACUGGUCGUGUGAUUCGUCCUAUUGUUGGACCAGACGGAAAGCCACUGGCAACCAGCGAAUCCGGUAAACCAUUGGAUGUCAUGGGGCGGCCACUACCAGAGGAUCGCUACGGAAGACCGUUGUCUCCGGAUGGCAGUGUUUUGCCAACAGAUGACGAUGGCAAUUACAUGUAUCCCGCACUUGACCGCGAUGGUCAACCGUUGCCAACAGACAUCAACAAAAAACCGGUUUAUCCUGUUGUCGACGCCGACGGUCGACCGUUACCAACUGAUGAAACAGGGGUUGUUGUUGGACCUGACGGUGAACCUAUUCCAACGGACAGUGCUGGUCGGCCAGUUGAUGCUGAUGGAUCACCAUUGCCUACAGAUGCUUAUGGUAGAGUUAUUUCUGUUGGAGGCACAGAUACUAUGAAAACGUUACCAACCGAUGAGGCUGGCCGCAUUAUCCGCCCCAUUGUUGGACCCGAUGGUGAACCACUGCCUACUGAUCACUCAGGUGCACCGAUAGACGCAUUUGGAAGACCAAUUCCAAAAGACAAAUAUGGACGACCACUCGGUCCUGAUAGUAACCUUCUCCAAACCGAUGAUGAUGGAAAUUAUAUUUACCCUGCCGUUGGUCGCGAUGGACAACCGCUUCCGACAGAUUCUAACAAGAAACCCGUUUACCCCGUUGUCGACGCAGACGGCCGACCACUCCCAACUGAUGAAACGGGAGCCGUUGUUGGACCAGAUGGUGAGCCUCUCCCGACAGAUGCUGCCGGACGUCCAGUUGCUGCUGAUGGGUCGCCGUUACCAACAGAUGCUUACGGCAGAGUAAUAUCCAUUGAGACCACCGAAACUGUCAAAGUCUUGCCAACUGAUGAAGCUGGACGUGUCGUUCGCCCUAUUGUUGGGCCCGAUGGUGAACCAUUGCCUACUGAUCAUUCUGGCAGACCAAUAGGUGCAUUUGGAAAACCAAUACCAAGAGAUAAUUACGGAAAUCCAAUUGGGCCAGAUAGAAAUAUUCUACCAACAGAUGAUGAUGGAAACUAUGUAUACCCCGUACUUGGUCGCGAUGGACGGCCACUUCCGACAGAUGUGAACAGAAAACCAGUUUAUCCUGUUGUUGACGCUGAUGGCAGACCGUUACCAACUGACGAAACGGGAGCUGUUGUUGGGCCAAACGGUGAGCCGAUUCCAACCGAUGCUUCAGGUCGUCCGGUUGAUGCUGAUGGUCAGCUACUCCCUACGGACACUUAUGGCAGAGUAGUCUCCGUUGAAAGCACAGAAACUGUUAAAACGCUUCCAACUGAUGAAUCUGGCCGUGUCAUUCGGCCCAUAGUUGGACCCGAUGGCAAGCCACUGCCUACCGAUCACUCCGGCAAGCCGAUCGGUGCGUUUGGAAGACCAGUUCCGAAAGACAGAUAUGGACGACCACUCGGCCCAGAUAGGAGGGUUCUGCCGACGGAUAAUAGUGGAAAUUACAUUUAUCCAGCGAUCGGAGCAGACGGUCGCCCACUGCCUACUGAUAGCAACAAAAGGCCAGUGUAUCCCAUCGUUGGUCCAGACGGGCAGCCUCUCUCCACAGAUGAAACGGGAGCAGUUGUCGGUCCUGACGGUGAGCCAGUGCCAACAGAUUUUGCUGGUCGCCCGGUCGGUUCAGACGGCUCUCCUCUACCUACUGAUUCAUCUGGUCAAAUCGUUCUUACUCCAGUCACCGGAGAAGCAAAGACUUUGCCCACUGAUGGAACAGGCCGUGUCAUUCGUCCAGUAAUUGGGCCGGAUGGUGAACUACUACCUACUGAUUCUGCAGGAUCGCCAGUGGAUGCCUUUGGAAAACCGGUGAUGAAAGACAGGUAUGGAAGACCUCUUGAUCCGGAUGGAAAUAUUCUCCCUACUGAUGACGACGGAAAUUACAUCUACCCUGCGUUAGGCCCUGAUGGUCAUCCACUGCCUACCGAUAUCAACAAAAAACCAGUCUAUCCGGUUGUCAAUCCCGACGGUUACCCGCUGCCUACAGAUGAAACUGGUGCUGUGAUCGGACCAAACGGUCAGCCAAUACCGACUGAUUCGUCAGGACGCCCAGUCGGCGUUGAUGGAUCGCCACUGCCAACUGAUUCUGCCGGUAACAUUAUAUUCGCAGAUACCACAGAAGCAGUGAAGACAUUACCAACUGAUGAGACUGGUCGUGUCAUUCAUCCUGUUAUCGGACCUGACGGAAAACCCAUGCCAACAGAUGAAGCUGGAAAGCCGCUGAACGCUGAAGGACGACCACUAGCAGAGGACCGUUAUGGAAGACCAUUGGCUCCCGAUGGAAAAGUUCUACCAACCGAUGAGAAUGGCAAUUACAUAUAUCCUGCACUCGGACACGAUGGUCAGCCACUGCCAACAGACAUGAAUAAUAAACCGGUUUAUCCAGUUGUUGAUAGUGAAGGGCGACUAUUGCCAACAGACGAAACAGGAGCGGUUGUGCGGCCUGAUGGUGAGCCAGUUCCAACAGAUUCAGCAGGCCAUCCAAUAGCCUCUGAUGGAUCAAUUCUGCCCACUGAUGCCUACGGUAGAGUUGUCUUGGCAGAAGCCACGAAAUCGGCUAAAACGUUGCCAACCGAUGAGUCUGGUCAUAUAAUCCACCCAAUCGUUGGGCCCGAUGGAGAACCGCUUCCUACAGAUCUCUCUGGCAAACCGCUGGACGCUUUCGGAAGACCAGUGCCCAAGGAUGCGCAAGAAAGACCACUUGGUCCAGACGGCCAGCCUUUACCGACUGACGACGAUGGAAAUUACAUAUAUCCUGCUGUUGGUCGCGAUGGACAACCGCUUCCGACUGAUUCAAACAAGAAACCGGUUUAUCCUGUUGUCGACGCCGACGGCCGACCACUUCCAACUGAUGAAACAGGAGCAGUUAUUGGACCAGACGGUGAACCUAUUCCAACAGAUGAUGCUGGUCGGCCUGUCGCUUCUGAUGGAUCGAUUCUGCCAACAGAUGCUUAUGGCCGAGUUGUUUCUAUUGAUGUUACAGACGAAACUGUGAAAACAUUACCAACUGAUGAAGCUGGUCGUGUCAUUAGACCCAUUGUCGGACCCGAUGGAGAACCGCUUCCUACAGAUCUCUCUGGCAAACCGCUGGACGCUUUCGGAAGACCAGUGCCCAAGGAUGCGCAAGAAAGACCACUUGGUCCAGACGGC